AUGUCAGCCAUCACGAAGCCUUUGAGCGCACUCGCUCGCUGCGGCGCACGAAAGUCAGCCCUUGGCCACCACCGUCGUGACUUAGCAACCGUCACAGACCACAACCUCGCGCGGAUGGCUGCCACAAUGCCUCCGGGGCACAGAGCCACAGUAGCUCAGCUUGAGACAUUCACACUUCCUGAGCGUGUCACAGUCUCUAUGAACGACAAGCAGCAGCAUAUCUUCAACGAAGCCACAGCCUCAAGCAAGGCAUUCUUUGCUAAACCCCAUGACGAAAAGGCUGCUUGUCCUAUGACUAUAUAUAUGGACUACCUUGGAGAAAGUGGAGAGAAGUUGCUCCAGCUUGCUGAGUUGGGCUUGAAUGUCCCCGCUGGCUCCCUCACAAAUCUGACUCAGGACGGAUGGCAUCACAUGCGUAUUCUCAGAUUUCCUCCCACCCAUAACACAAACGGCAAGGGCAAGGCUGGACGUGGUAUUGGCUCUCACACGGACUAUGGCCUGUUGGUUAUUGCUGCUCAAGAUGAUGUUGGCGGCCUCUUCAUCCGUCCCCCCUAUGACGGUGAGCACUACGCAAACUGGGAAAAGAGCUCAGCUGGAAUGGCGGAGGAGGACGACCGCUGGCACUACGUACCCCCUGUUCCCAACGUCUUCACAGUCUUCCCCGGUGAUAUCAUGCAGUACAUCACCGACUCCUACCUGCCCUCUACUCCCCAUAAGGUCGGCUUGAACACCCGCGAUCGUUUCGCCUUCGCCUACUUUCAUGAGCCCAGCUUUCAGGCCGUUGCCAAACCUCUGCCAGGCUACGACGUCGGCCAGUCUCCCGAGGAGGGGAUCCACUACGGCAGUCACUUUACCAACAUGUUCCUGAGGAAUUACCCUGAGAGAAUCACCACUAAGAGAAUGCAUGCGGAGAAUCGUCUUGCCCUCCUCGAGAAGGAGGAGCUCCGAGCCCAUUCUUCUCAAUCAAAUAAGGCGGGCAGAGUUAUUACAAAUGUCGUACAGCAGACUCAACAGGCUUCUUUUACCGACUAUAUCAUGUUCUGCAGACUGGGUUUCGAUGAUAAGUUCUCUGUUGCCCUGUUCGAAAUUCUGCUCCAACUAGGACGAACACAAGCUUGGAAGGCAAAUUUAGGUUGGAACCCGCCCACACCACCAUACUUAAACUUCUCGUCUCUCACCAUCUUCAACACUACGAUCGAGCAAUCUGACAUGGCGUCAACAGCAAUUCGAUUUGUGUCAGUUCGUGAGGGGGUCACCGCCGUCACAGAUGCGACCGUUGAGCUGUGCGUUUCAGCGCAGGCGAAGGAAGGCGAAGCAAAUGAAGCUGUUGUGAAAUUGCUCAGUGGGGUUUUGGGCAUCCCCAAAUCAGACCUCACAAUCACCCAAGGGCUCAAGUCAAGAGAAAAAACUGUCGCAGUAGGCAACAUUCAAGACGGAGAGUCGAGUAUGGCUAAGAUAAGGGAGCAGCUCGAGAAGGCCGUGGAGGAUGGUUGA